AUGGAAGAAAAUAAUGGCACCAAAGUGACUGAAUUCAUUCUUCUGGGAUUUGCUGACCAACACAAGUCUUGGCACAUCCUGUUCACAAUCUUUCUAGUCAUCUAUGUGGUCACACUCAUAGGUAAUAUUGGUAUGAUCCUGCUCAUCAAGAUCAAUUCUUCCCUGAACACUCCCAUGUACUUUUUCCUCCAACACUUAGCAUUUGUAGAUCUAUGUUAUACUUCAGCCAUUACUCCCAAGAUGCUGAAAAAUUUCACAGAGACAAAGGCAUCCAUCUCCUUCACAGGGUGUAUGCUACAACUGCUAGCCUAUGGUACGUUUGCAACCAUUGACUGCUUCAUCCUGGCUGCUAUGGCUGUGGACCGCUAUGUGGCCAUCUGUAACCCACUGCGCUACCCCAUUGUUAUGUCCCAGAGGUGCUGCACUCUUCUGUUGGUUGGUUCAUAUGUCAUGGGCUUCCUAAAUGCUUCUGUCAACACGAGUUUUACAUUCUCAUUGAACUUUUGCAAAUCCAAUGCAAUUAAUCACUUUUUCUGCGAUGAACCUCCCAUUCUUGCCCUAUCAUGCUCCACUAUUGACUUCAACAUCCUCCUACUGACAGUCUUUGUGGGGUUCAACUUGAUGAGCACUGUGUUAGUCGUCAUCUUUUCCUACAUGUACAUCUUGGCUGCUAUCCUGAAGAUAUCUUCUGCUGCCGGAAGGAAGAAAGCCUUCUCCACGUGUGCCUCCCACCUGACUGCAGUCAUCAUUUUCUAUGGGACUCUCGCCUACAUGUAUCUACACCAUCAUACCAGUGAAUCUCAAGAGCAGGAAAAGGCAGCUUCUGUAUUUUAUGGAAUAAUUAUCCCCAUGUUAAAUCCCCUGAUUUAUAGCCUCAGAAAUCAAGAUGUGAUAGAAGCCCUUAAAAAGAUAGGAAAGAAAUGUUUAUAA